AAUUAAGACAAGAUCGGGGGGGUUUCCAUGGAUGGUGGUUGAGAGAUGGCGGUGGAGUUGAUGGGUUAUAACGGUGGUAGUUUUUCAGCCAAGAUGGAGGAGAGUGCUGUUAGAGAUGCUGCGACUGCUGGGAUUGAAGGAGUCCAGGAGCUGUUAAGAUUGAUCUCGGAAACUCAACCGAAGGAUUUGAACGUAGAUGCCUCCUUCAGAAAUAAGGAACCCGCCGUGGAAAUCAACGCCGUCGCCGAUGUUGUCGUCAAUCAUUUCAAAAAAAUGAUUUCUUUACUGGGUCGACUGAGAACUGGACAUGCGCGGUUCAGAAGGGCCCCGAUGUGUUCACCGCCAGAGCAACCGGAGCAGAAGAUUCAAAAACCAGGACCUUCCGUUCAGGCCCCCAAUCCCCAACACAAAGAUCUGGUUUUUGCUUUCAGGGUCUAUUGCCCCACCCCAGUUCAUCGUCUCCCUCCUCUGCUUUCAGGCUCUUGGGUUCGCGAGGUGCGAACCCAGGCACCCAGUAGCUGGGUUCGCACACCCAAGAGCCUGGGUUCCUCGCGAACCCAUCGCCUAGAGGUAAAAAGAGAAAAAGGUAAAAAAGAAAAGACCGGACGAAGGAGAGGAUGGGGAAGAAAGAAGGGGGUAAAUUAGUAAUUGAAAGAAAAAAUUUUACCAUGU